UUAUAAACUCAGCGUCUUGCUGCGAUUGAAAAAUACUACUCAAACUCGAGAAUUGUGGCUUUCUGUCAAGAGUAGAGAGCAUGCAAGGAAUCAAGAUAAGGUAGGUGUGUACUUGUGCUUAGCCUUAACCUUAGCUUGCAGAGACAAUUGGGGAUGAGCUAGACUAGUUGCAUGGCUAGAGCUGCCAAAGACUGUGUACCAGCUUCUUGCUAACUACUUUAGACAACCUGCAAUGCAGUCGCAUUCAGAUAGUCUUCCCAAGAUCAGAUUUUAGAGUUCUGAAUCUUGGAAGGAAGUCUCUUGACUUGCCAUUGAAGAAGGCAUCAUGAUUUGAGAACUUUCUUUUGCGUAUUUUGUUUUGAACUCGGAUGGUUAGCUUAAUAUAGGAAUGCUUACCAAGGAAAAGACGGGAUAAAUGCAUCACAUACAUAGUUCACCGAGGUUGACUUUGAGGAAUUCUAGCUUGAGAAUGGAAUUUCCAAGCAUAAAUGGGGAGAAUAAACAUUAUGGCACGCCAAGGAACCCAUGUGCACCCGAUCGCGUGCCUGGAGGAUCUUCCAGUGGUUCUGCUGUUGCAGUAGGAGCUAUGCUUGUCGAUUUCUCCCUAGGAACCGACACUGGAGGAAGUGUAAGAGUUCCCGCAUCAUAUUGUGGAAUUCUUGGAUUUCGGCCUUCACAUAAUGCCGUUAGCACUGUUGGAGUCAUUCCCAUGGCACAAAGUUUUGAUACAGUGGGGUGGUUUGCUAGGGAACCAAGUGUCUUGAAGCAGGUCGGUUGUGUUCUUCUCGAGUUGCCUGAUGAAGAUCCCAUUAGACCUAGUCAGAUCAUUAUUCCGCGAGAUUGUUUCCAGCUUUUAAGCAUUCCAACUGAGCGACUGACUCAAGCUCUUGUAAGAUCAGUUGAGAAAUUACAUGGAGGAGGUGAUAUAAUUAAGCACAGCGUCCUUGGGGACUACGUCAGAGACAACGUUCCGGCCUUGAGUUCUUUCCGAUCUGAAAUAAAUGAGGAUCAUGUAAACAACAUACCAUCUUUGGCAGCUCUUUCUAGUGCAAUGCGGUUGCUUCAGAGGUAUGAGUUCAAGAAUAACCAUAAGGAAUGGGUCUCUGCUGUCAAUCCUGAUUUGGGCCCGGGAAUAUCAGAUCGGGUCAGGGAAGCCCUCCAGACGACUGAGGAAAAUAUUGAUGUCUGUCGGUCAGUGAAGAAAGAAUUCCAUGCUGCUCUUACUUCCCUACUUGGGGAUUUCGGUAUCCUUGCAAUCCCCACGGUUCCUGGACCUCCGCCAAAGCUACAAACAGAUUCAUCUGCCCUGGAAGUUUUUCGUGCUAAGGCAUUCAGUUUGCUUUCCAUUGCUGGUGUAUCGGGAUUCUGUCAGGUAAGCAUACCGAUGGGGCUGCAUGAUAAUUUGCCUAUCUCGAUAUCCUUGCUGGCAAAACGCGGCGCUGAUGGGUUCCUGUUAGACCUCGUCGAGACACUGUAUGAGUCUCUUAAGGAACAAAUUGCUAUUGCAGAGAAAUCAGCUUGACGUAUGUAUGUCUGAUCAAUUUCCUGAGACAGUUCUAGCUAUAUUUACGGGCCGAUAUCCUACUGUUUCUUGCUCUAUUGUGCCCCCUUGUACUUAUGUUGCAUGCUGUUCGGCGUAGUGCCAACUCUCUGCGAUUUUCUUGAGGCUGGUCCUGAGAAAAAAUGGCCCGCUUGUUUAUAUUCUGAAUGGAUUUAUGGGUGCUCAUUGGGACACUGAGCAUUUUGCAACCAAGUGCUUGUGGAAUCGUCAUAUUGGUAAGGAACAAGGUCUGUGUUA